CAAACGACUCUGAUGAGUGAAAGUGCAUGAUGUUGAAACAUCCGGGAUAUUUAGUAAACUCAAAAUUAUCGCGUAUUACCUGGUUAUAGCACGUACACUGAACAAUUGUGCAUACCGGUUUCAUGGUUGACUCUCUUAUUGUGCCGUGGAUGGGUCUGGGUGCCUGCCUCACUGCACUCUGUGUUGUUUGCUGUUACUGUAUGUGCAGGGUACAACAGAACGAAAGACAAAGAGUGGAUGGUUGCAGAAGAUUCCGAUACAGUUCAAGCAAAAAACGAUGUGCUAAUGAGACGUGUCCGGUAUGUUUGGAAGAAUUUCAAAACAAGGAGUGGCUGCAAGUUUGCCACUGUCGGCAUGCAUAUCACAAACAGUGCAUCUCGAGCUGGUUAGAACGAAGUACCUAUUGCCCUAUAUGCAAAGCUCAAGUCCGACCACCAACCUCCAACGAGCAAUCUUACCUCCUAGAUGGGUAACAAGAUUUCGACUACAUAAUUCAGCUGUAAACAAAGUAAGGAACAUCUCAGUCUAAAACCUAGAGUCCGGGUUAGAAAAUGGAUGAAGGUUCAAUUUACAUAAACUCUUUGAGUAGUUGCUGUGGAAAUGCCACAACCAUUGAUUGUCCUUGUUAUCGGGACUGCUACACAUGUAGUGUAACAAAAGAAUGGGGUAGACGUUACGUACUGAUGUAUAGAAAACUGCCAUAUUCACAAAAUACAUUAACGAUAAUUGGAAAGC